AAUUAACUUCUGGGAAAAAUAUAUUACACUAUGGAAUAUGGACAUAACGUGUAUGAGAUUUACUAUUAUCUUGGCUGGCUAAUUUAGUGGAUGUUAACGUGACAUGUUAGUUAAACUAUUUUUCCUACAGAGAGACAGCUCUGGCAAAUGUAGUGUAAGAACGCCCUCUAUCGGUCGGUUUUAACUUCGCAUUUUUACAAACUGCUUGUUUCAGUUUCUCAAACACGGAACCUGGAAACUCCUCGGUUAAGGUAAAAUAAAACUUGAUUUCUCUCGCUCUGUCUCUCUGGUAGAGCAUUGUUUUCGCUGCAUAGGGUCUAGUUAAAGUUACAACUUUCCAGAUUGUGGAUUUUCGACUGGGUAAUGUUAAAAGCUGGGAACUUCACAUAGUAAAAUGGCAGAAGCCAGUAUUUUGUGGGACCAGUUCAGCUGUUCAAUCUGUUUGGAUCUACUGAACGUUCCGGUGACGAUCCCCUGUGGACACAGUUACUGCAUGAGCUGCAUUACAGACUGCUGGAAUAAAGAUGAUCAGAAGAGAGUUUACAGCUGCCCUCAGUGCAGACAGACCUUCACUCCAAGACCUGCUUUAAACAAGAAUGUGAUGUUUGCUGGAAUGGUGGACAACCUAAAGAAGACAAAACUCCAAAUAGUUCGUCCUGCUCUCAGUUAUGCUGGACCUGGAGAUGUGGAGUGUGACGUCUGCACUGGAAGGAAAUGUAAAGCUGUAAAGUCCUGUCUAGUGUGUCUGGAAUCAUACUGUCAAAGUCACUUUGAGCGACAUGAGGAAUUUCACUCGGGUAGUAGACGACACAGAGUGACUGAAGCCACUGCACGACUGCAGGAGAUGAUCUGCUCUGAACACGACAGACUGAUGGAGGUUUACUGCCGUACUGACCAGCAUUGUAUUUGUUUGCUAUGUACGAUGGACAAACACACAAAUCACGAUACUGUUUCGGCUGAAGCAGAGAGAUCUGAGAAACGGAAACAGCUGUGCGACAUACAAAGAAAGACCCAUCAGAGAAUCCAGGAGGGAGAGAAAAAGCUUCAGGAGCUGAAAGAGACUGUGAAGACUCAUAAGCGCUCUGCACAGGCUGCAGUGGAGUACAGUGAGAGGAUCUUUGCUGAGCUGAUCCGCUCCAUUAAGAAAAGCCGAUCUGAGGUGACACGGAUGAUCAGAGAUCAGGAAAAGGAUGCAGUGAGUCGAGCUGAAGGACUCUUGAAGCGACUUGAGCAGGAGAUUGAUGAUCUGAGGAGGAGAGAAGCUGAUCUGGACCAACUUGCUCUCACUGAUGAUCACAUACAUUUCCUUCAGAGUUUCCAGUCUCUCUCUGUUCCUCCUGUAUCCACAGACAGCAGUAAUGUCAAUUCUCUCCUCACUUAUGAUGAUUUUUCUCUAUCUGUCUCUAUGCUAAGAGGAAAACUUGAAUACGUCUGCAAAGAAGCAACAGAAAAUAUAUUUGGUAAAGUUGUGACAUACAUUGAGCUUGUUACUGCCACUGAAUUCAGGACCAGAGAUGACUUCUUGCAAUAUUCCUGUGAGCUCACACUGGAUUCGAACACUGCACAUAAAUACCUCCGUCUUUCUGAGGGCAACAGAGUGGCUAAUUUUAUUGGGGCUGACCAGCCGUACCCUGUUCAUCCGGACAGAUUUCAUGUUUUUUCUCAGGUGUUGUGUAGAGAGAGUGUGGGUGAGCGCUGUUACUGGGAGGUGGAGUGGAGUGGGAUGGCUGGGGUGGGAAUAUCGGUGUCAUAUAAGAGCAUCGGCAGGAAAGGAGAUGGUGAUGAUUGUGUCUUUGGAUUUAAUGAUCAGUCCUGGAGAUUGUCCUGCUCUGACUCCAGGUUUGCGUUCAGACACAAUCAGAAAGAAAUAAAACUUCCUGUAGUCUCCAGCUCCUCUACAAUAGGAGUGUAUGUGGAUCAUAGUGCAGGAAUUCUUGCCUUCUACAGUGUCUCUGACACAAUGACCCUCAUCCACAGAAUUCAGACCGUAUUCACUCAGCCGCUCUAUCCGGGGUUUGGGGUCAAUUUAGGAUCAACAGUGAAACUCUCAUCUGCAGAGAUUCUAUGAAUAAGAGUACUAUAGACAGGUUUAAGCAUGCUGAUUGCAGAUAGCAGCUGCCUCUCUCCCAUCUAUCCGGUGACAAUCCCAAUACAGUUUAAUCCAAACCGAUAACUGGACUCAUGACGUUUCAUUACAACACAAACUGCAGGUGACCGUGUCCAAGGCCAAUACAAGGAUUGUCCAACUGCUGGGUUUUGAUUUGAUUUUUUUUUUGUUCAAUGUUUUGUAAUAUUGUGCAAUAAAUAAUUGUGAUUGAU